CAAUGAGCCAAAUCUGCAGCGGCGAGCGAAUGUCCGCAAGACCGCUGUCGGGUUCGCCUAUUUUCACGGCCGGCGUCAACAUUGGCUCACACGCUCACACCAUAGGUGUUCUGUGCUCACACGUCCGACCACCCGCAACACCUUCCUCUUUGCUGGUUACAUUGCUACCCCUCUCCACAUUUUACGUGUCACGGGCCUUCCGGUCUGUCUUCGUUGUGCUUUGUGUGUGCAGCGAGUCAACGGUGCUUCAGCUGGUGCUACUUUUGUGUGUUCCGCAUUGAAAAGCUGGGUGUAAUCGAGUGCGCGCGCGAUGGAUCCGGAGCAUCGUAGGAAGUUCAGGGAUACCGAUUUGAUCAGCGCUCUGGUGGCGUGCAUUGAUUUCGACGUUUUAGCGCCGAGUUUGCACUCGAGAGGCAUCCUGACUGCCGCAAUGGUCGACGACAUUCGGGAGAAGGAAGGCCUGGAUGAACGCAACCUGGCCCUGCUGCAGCGACUUCCCAAGAGGGGACCGCUGGCUUUCGACCGCUUUGUUGCCAUCCUUCGAGAGAAGCGCAUGUUCCAGGCGGUCACCUUGCUGACGGGAGAGACUCCGCCGGAACCACCUGUCCCUACUGUAGUGCCACCCCCUCCUCGCUCGACUCAGGCUUUUGGAGGUGGUGAUGCUCGUCUGGUCGUUGACUCUGCUCAAAAUGGUCAUGGGACAGUAGGUGAAGCCAGCAGCUCAGAGUUGCGGGUGGUUCCAGCCAAGGAUUUGAAGCAUGGAGAUAACAUAUACAGCAUGGUUCACUCGCCAAGGGGCCUGUGCAUCAUCAUCAACAACUGUGAUUUUGGAGGUUUGGCUGAACGGCGUGAUGGAUCGGAGAUCGAUGUACGUCGCAUGGAGGCGCUCUUCAGGGCAUUCCUUUUCAACUGCAUUGUGCGCCACAACCUUCCUGCAUCUGACAUGAAGGCACUUCUGUCAUGGGCAGCCCAGCCCAAGCAGCAGGAGGGAGCCGACUGCCUGGUAGUAAUCCUGAUGUCGCACGGAAAGCAGGACAUGAUUGAUGGCUCGGAUGGCGAGCAGCUGCAUCUGGCAUCUGACGUCUACGCACUGUUCAACAACGAGCAUUGUGAAGCCCUGCAGGGAAAGCCGAAGUUGUUCUUCAUCCAGGCCUGCCGGGGAAGCAAGUUCGACAGCGGAACCUACGAUAGCAUUGUGUACGACACUGCAGACGCCGGACCAUUCAAGGUGCCUGAGUCAGUGUCAUCGAGUAAGGAGCGCAUGGCCACUUGGUCGGACAUGUACAUCGCCUAUGCAACCAUCCCCGGUUACACGGCACUCAAAAACAACGAAAGAGGUUCAUGGUUCCUCUCAGCCGUCUACACGGUCUUCAGUGAACAUGCCAGUACCAUGCACUUGGAGAAGCUGAUGCACCGCGUCCAUGAUGCGGUUAUGAGGUGGUCCUCCCAUGACGGCAGCAAGCAAACGCCCAGUGUGGAGUUGGUGGGCUGGAGGAAGAAGCUGUACUUCAACCCGGGCUUCUUCGUUGAACGCAGGCCAGAGGAGCCCGAAGUAUUCCACACUGCCUUGUAGAUUACAUUGUGUGUGUUGACCAUAUUUCAGAUAUGCCAGGGCCUUGACAAUCACCCUCUUUCGUGAAUGCAAAGUGUGCCUGCGAGAAUUGCCUCACACGUGCUUGCUGCCAGCCUUGCAGAGACAGCCGCUUUAGUGGGAUCAGUAUACCCGCUGGUGCCAUUGAUGAAAAAGAAGUCCACAUGACCUUAAAUAGCCUAGUUCCACUUUAGUUGAUUUUGUAGCAUUUGCAAACAUACCAACAACUGUAGGAUUGCGGUGCCCAGUAAGCUUCAUGGAUGCACUGAGCUUGAACUCAAGAUGUCAUUUGGCUCGGCUCCAUUAAAAAACAAUCCAGCUGGCGUUUUUUCACCAUUUUGCAUGGGAGCUACAUAAGAUGAAGAAGGCUCAGUCUCUUCCUAACAUUAUACUAGUACAGUAGCACAGAAUGUGCUCAAAUCUGUCAACCCAUUCAUUGCAAUAGCUUGCUUUUAUGCAUGCAGGUUAUGUUAUCUAAGCUUGGCUGAAAUGGAAUGGAAGGAUUCUAUAACUAACAUGAAUCAAUUAACUGUGAGGCAAUCCUUUCGAACUGUUGUGAUUUGAAAUAGCUUACCAACUUGCAUACAAACCAAGGCCUCUUGUUUUUUGACAGUUGUGUCAAAUCAGUUCCUUGUGUUAUGUAUGGAUCCCAACAAUCUUCAGGCUCAUUUUGCAUACCCAGUCACAGUUUUGCUUUCAAUGUACUAUUGCCGACCGAUAAUUUGGACACAAUGGGGACUGCCAAAAUGUUAGAAUUAUUGGUAGUCCACAGUACUGGAUUUGCCAAAAAGCAAGUGAACCAUUCCACAAGUAGCGAAAAACACAGUUUGCCAUACUUUCGGAUGACCACUUUCAAGAAUACUUUCACUUAUGCAGGAUUUCGUGUGACUAGUGUAGUAAAUAUAGGUAUAUACGAGCACGAGCAUUCUUGGCACAGCACCAAACAUACUGUUUUAUCAUAGUGCCAGGAGUCUGUUUUCUGUCGGCAUAUCUGGUGCUUGUCAUGUGAAAUGUUGCAAAAGUGAAGGCACUUUGAAAGUGAUCAUCUGAGAAUAUGGCCCUAGGUUGUGAAUGUUUUGGUGCACACACGUGCGCUUGCUUGCCAUCUGCUUAGUCCACAUCUUGACCAUUGUCUUGCUGGUGCCACAGAUAGACGAAAGUAAAGUCAAUGCAUGCACCAAGUCUUCAUCCACUGGCAACAUAACAGAAGUUUACCAUGCUGCCAUAGCUGUAUGGGGUCAGGUUUUUUUUUUUUUUUUUCACAAGUCAUUGUCCGCCACUUUCCUCACCCAAUCACUGCCCUCGUCGGUGCAGACACCAAAAGUGGAGUUAGUGCUGCCUGAAACAACUUGAAGAAGUCGCCAGGACCAUGUUGCUGUUUAACACAUGAAAGAACAAGUGCUGGAGAGAUGGAAUCAACACUGGUGGUACUCGCACUACAGUGCAGCUUUACAAUGGCUUCCCAGGUUUGGCUUUGCUUGUUCUGCGGUUUGGGUGCAGUUGGUACUAGCUGGUAAGCUUCGCUGGUUUCGAUUUUGAGAAGAUGCUGGUAGCAUGGCCGAUGAACAUGCCAUGGCAAUGCUGGCACCACAUUGAGGCCAAAAGAUAGCUAUUUCUACUUUAUUCAGUGGUGAUUUAAUGCAUAAUCAUGCAGGUGCUGUCCGAAUUAUCGAACAGGGUGUUUUAAGGUGUCCAAAAUUUCAGUCGUCCUUCUGCAGUCUAUGGGGCCAAAUUCAGUGCUGCGAAGUAGUUCGAAUUGUCAGUGUGUGAAAUACUGGUCAGCGAUAUAUUGUGGAUUUAAGGCGUUGCUCAUUGUGUAGUUAAACAUGGGUGCCACCCUGCAGGUACCUGUGCACCGUCAUUCUUUUCUCGAACCUCAUGUUUGGUGUCCCCAAAGCAGAGCUGCAUGUUGGCAACUGCAAAGACAACCUGCACACUGUUUCAUUUGAAACUGAUGGGUGGACAUUAUGAGCGUUCCUUUUAAAACGGGGGUGGCUCUUGCCACCGAGCCCAAAAGGAAAGGUGUGUUAGGCGCCCUCUAUCUGCGGGGUAACAAAGCUGUCCAGUCAAUGAGGGUGGAGUAUAGUUUUGAGAAAGCUGCUGAGAAAAUAUGUUUUGCUAGGUAGUGUUAUAACGAUGGCCUAUUAUUUUUUCUUUCAUUUUUUCAAGUUGGAAAUGAUGCCUUAUGUUAAAUUCUGUACUAAUGUAAGGUGUCUGUGGUAUGAUCAAUUGUUGGAGGCAACCUGCAAGUGUGAUUUGGAGAGAUUACUGUAUUUACUCAAAUCUCGAAUGACCUUGAUUGUAGGCCAACCUCCAAAAUUUGCAACGCCAGAAAGUAAUAGAAAACUUUCUUCGAAUGUAAGCCGUACAAAGAAAGACAAUUUUUUUGAGGGCAGAGCAGGAAUUUUAUUACACAAGAGCACUUGUCGUAAGCAUAUCCACUCUUUAUUCAUCAUCGUCAUCCGUGACAUCGCUGUGCUGUUUGUCGCUGACUUCUUCUCAAAGUGACAAUCCUUGCUUCCACCAAAAGAUUUUGAAAUACUGCACUUUCGGAUGCUCGCAUAAUCGGUUUCAGCUGGAAUUUCAUCUCAUGCUGCUGCAAUCCAAUUUGCCAGCUGGCUAAGCAAAGCGUGCUUGAUACUGGUAGAAGUGAGCUGAUGCUCUUGCGAUGCCAGCCAUCCAGUAUAACGUUUAUACGAGACCUAUCCUUUAAUGGCAGUUGAAGUUGGCUCGUCAUACCUUCGGGUAUAAUGGCUAUGUCUGUACCACUCCGCGAAAACACGGUCUCUGUAUCAGUCCAGUGACCACACAAGGAUUGGAGAACAAGAGUUACUCCCCACACAACAGGGCUCCUGCAUGGCAUUGCCAAACCGUAUGAACCCAUUUCUCUACCAUUGUGCUACUCAUUUUACCAUUCUUGCAAAUACGCACGACGAGAUUUUUUGGAAACAUUUCUCCAGCUAGAAGAGUCUUGCACUUGAAAACAAUGUAUGGUGACAGCUUUCACUCAUCGGUAGUGCAGCACAACAUUACCACAGUUGGUUGCUUUUUGUACCCCGUAGUUCUGAUUUUAACUUUUUUGGUGCCCUUUUCAUUAAUUGUGAACGCCACAGGGAAAUCAAAGUAAACUGACAUCAGGUCACCAUUCCCUAUUUGACCUCAUAGGUAGGACUUCUCCAGCCUUGAUUACAUAGCGCAUAUAUGCAACAAGCUUCUCCUCAGAGUCACUGGGGAGAUUUUGACAUACUGAAGCCGAAACACUUCAUAAAUUGGGUGGCACAGCCCCUGCUGGCCUUGGAACUGAAUUCGUGCGACACCUGGCUUCGUGCAACAAACCCAGAGAUUGCAGAUGAGGUGAAUGGCCACUUGUGUUGAUUGGAAAGGGUUAAGGGAGGAGGAGAGGUGACAGAUGCCAGAGACAGGCGUGCUCAUAAAUAAUGUUGCAUGAGCGUCAUGUCCAGCUGCUGUAUUGAAAAAUUCUGCAUAACAGUGUUACCAUUUUGUGUAAUGUAUAGAGUAGUCAUAGAUCAGAUUCUUUUGAAGAAUCUUUUUUCAAGAAUUUCUCUGUCUCAUGAUUAGAUGCACAAUUUUGUUCACUCUAAAACGCUGUCAUAGGUAAGUUGUUGGAUAGCACCUGGGUGUUGCAAAGCAUGAUUUUCAAGUUCUACCUGCUUUAGGUUUUCUUCUGUUCAGCUAAUGCUGAACGUGUAGUCAUGGAACUUAACGGCUGAAAUCAGUGACCUUAUUAUAUUUUUCUUCAAUCACUUUGAUUUUUAUCCAUCGACUUCAGCACAAUGCUAGGCUCUAUGCUUUGCGCUGAUAAGUAAACCAAAGACUGAGCAGCUCUGUGAGGUCCACUCUUUCUAUUUCGGUUCCUUGCCAGGAUAACUGAAAAGUCCCGCCCUUUAUCCAGGCGUACUUUCAUUAGCAAUCUAAGUCUAACUAAUUGGAUGGCAUUCUUUAUUCUCUUGGCUUAGUUUGUGACUUCUGCCAUCUUUGCUGACUGGAUAUGUGGCCAUGCAAAAUUGAACCCAUGAGUUAUCAAUUUGUGAGAGAUGUUGAACUGAACUGAAUUCUGGGGUUUUCCGUACCAAAACCAUGAUUUGAUUAUGUAUGAGGCAUGUUGUAGUGGAGGACUGCAGUUUAAUUCUGACCACCGGGAUCUUAACAUUGAGAAAUGUCAUACUUCCCUUCUGUAUUUCAUUUUUCCAUGAUAGUGCAAGUAUUCUUAAUAGGUAGGGUAAUGGUCAGCCCAGGUGCAACAGCAUCUGGUUAUUGGCCUCGAGCUCCACCACUGGAAAAGCUUGCGCCACCGUCGGCGUGACGUGCUAGAAGGGAUCACGUGGACAUAGCGGCCGCGUCGGCUGCUUCGGGCACACCGAAGGGAGCUGAAAACGAGUUUAAAUUUCCUCGAACGCUGCGGUCCUCAUUUAGUGGCGAAAUUUUCCCGCUUCGAGUGUCUCCUUUACAACACUUGAAAGCACUACAAUAGGUAGUGGCUGCCUUUGAAGGCGCGCAACAUGGUAGGCUACUGCUCGGUGCCGCAGGGCCGGACGCACGUAACGGAGGCUGGUGUCAGCCUUAUUCACACGUAGCCACAGGACAAGAAGCUGCGUGAAGCUUGGCUCGCGAAACAUAAAACCGGCAAACAGUCAUCGGCUGCAACUCGGGUAUGCAGCAAGCACAGACGCGAGGAAGAUUUCUGCUACGGCGCCCGGUUUGCGAUGCUCUGAAAACGCGCCCUGAGACGCUCGCCCGAGUCCGCUGCCCGACUAAUGUCAUGACGGUUUUGUGUAUGAACUUGUCGAUGCUAUAGAUACUGGCAAGUUCAGAGGAGUGGAAAGGUAGCGGUAAGAAGCACAUUUUAAAAAAAGCAUGGCAUAUGGUCAUGUUUGUGUUAUGAAUUAAUGCACUGGAUUACAUAAAAGGAGCAGAGGGAAAUUGCACGCUGAGAGCACCGAUAAACAUGCAGUGCGACGCAACUUGAGAAAUAGUAUUGAAAGGUCGAAGAAUUUAGAAGAAAAAAAAGAUUGAAUCGUCGCGACGGCACAUCACAGUCCCCGCAGGCGUCGAAGUCUCUACAAUGAAAUUAUUUUUGAACAGCUCUGAUAGCGCCCACACAACAAUGGUUGCUUGAAUACUGUCAAAUGCUCAUAUUCUGCGGCCUAAAGCUCAUGGCACGGUGCGAAAACACGCCCGCGGAGAAAGCGAAACAGUGCGCGGACAAGCAUGCAGACGCGCACUCAGUUGCUGCGAAUCUGCGCGAUCGCUGCAUUGAGGCUUCGUUCUAUUCCACUCCAUUUAGUUGUACAAACACUAUAAGAACAUAUUUCACAUAGUUUGCUCUCAGCGUUUACCUACCUUUCACGCAAGAAGCCGGUUCGGGAGACUCCAUCGCGGUGACCGCGCGCAGUGGCGUUCACUGUACGUAUUCGGUAAAGAGAUAGCGUCUGUAAACGAUUGUGUGCUUUCAGUUUGCCCAAGAUUAUUAUUUAGACAGUAAGAAACUUCUCUCGUUUCGACAGUACUUACAGAAAUGUCCGGGAGAGCUCGCGCGUGCUGUUUUCAGUGAGCGCUGACAGCAAAACCUAUGAGGAGCGCGCCACGUGAUCCCUCAUACUACGCCAGCGAGGCGCUUCCGAUAGAUGGCGACUCCGUAAUUCCUCGCCGCCAAUACUUGCAGUUGAACUUUCACGUUUGUUUUUGUAUCACUACAAGUGGACAGCACUGAAUGUGUGAGGCCAAUACUUUGUUGAGCUCAUCCUGGUUUGCCUCGUCAUUUAAUCAUGCUUACUUUCUUCUGUGCCAUACAGUGCUCACAUGCGUGAGAUGCUACUUACUGUAGCCAGCUACGUUUGAUGGGUUCCUUGGGCCAUGUACUGCACGAUUUUGUCCUGUGUGGCCACAUAGCUGCCACACUGCAAGAAGGAAACUGUGUUUGUGUUGUGUGCAAUGCAGCCUCUCUAGUGUGGUACAACAUAUCUUUGUCAUGCUACGUUCUCGAAGUAUGGUCUGUACUGGCAACAGAUAUGGCAUUGUUGUAGCUCUAUCGCAUUGUUCUCAUUAUUAUUUUUAUUCAAUUUGGUACGAGUUCAAUGCUGCUGGGAGCACCAUAGUAAUGUGCAGUAGACUCCUCUUAACCCUUCAAAUGUAGUUUUCUUUUUUUCCUCAGUCCCUGCCAGGCUUUUUUCUUGUGUUUUUUUAUAGUUGCAGUUCAUGGCUACCUAAGAGCUGGUCUUUUGUGGUUGCUUUCUCCCAGUUGAGUAUCUAUGGACAAAUAAUUUCCUUCAUUUGUCCUUUCCUUCAGUUCUAUACUCUAAGCCUGUGAGCUUGGCAUCCAGGGUACCUUCUCGCAUUUUUUAGGCUUACAGUGUUUGACAAAGAAAAUCAUUAAUUUGCCUUUUCUGGCGGGGUGUGUGAAAAUCACUGUGCAGCAUAUAGCCUUUUAUUUUUUUCAUUGCAUGUGGAAGCAGAGGAAAAAUUUUUUCAAGAAAUACCAUGGAGAAUUUAUUGCUGCUGUAUAAAGAUUUCUUUUGCUUUGGAUAGGCAGGAUUGUGUAUGCUCAAUACAUUCAAGCAGACCUUUUAUAGUAAGUGCUAGCAACGUGUUCUGAUUGAUCUGUGUGGUAUUUCUGGAAUGCAUUAGGGCUGUUAUGUGAAAUAACAAAAUGUAAGAGCAAGAAAAUGAAAUGCACAACUGACAAAUGGAAAUAAAUAUGUAUACAACUGUGAGCAGAGAUCUAAGCCUGUGAAACUUCCCUCACUGUGGCACAUUUUUGCUGACUCCUUUGAGACCUGUUGCUUGUUUAGAAGCUCAUUUCUGCAUUGUUCUCUUUUGUUCUUCAAACCACUCUCAGAUUGCUAGUGGCCGUGAUUAAAUUAAAAAAAGGCAUGAAAUCUAGAGUUCGAAAAAAUUAGCCACAGUCAUAACUAUGUACUGUCCAUACAUAAAAAGCAUGAAAAAACUGAAGUGCAAAAAAUAUGUGCAACUCCAUGCCUAGUAACUGCUUAGUAGUUUAUACACGUGGUCUGCUAGCUUCUGCUGUCCUGUUGUAAGCAAUGCAUUGGUCAUGCAGGGAUGUGCUUGAGACUGCUUACAGAAAUAGUAAUGUAUUAUAUGCAGUGAUGUUAAGGGGUACCUCAUAUGUCAUUAAAGGUAAUGCAGGUGCAUAUUUUGCUUUGAAGUGUGCAGUGAUUGGAAACAGUCCUGUUGAGCCGACAUACGAAAUAAUUGAGGCAUCUUGGAUUGCACAGUGUAGCGAAAACUGUGUCAGCAAUUUCAGAACCAGAAUCCAUUUUGUUCUGAUGAAUAGAAAGACAGGAGGAGGCCCUGAAGUCAAAGACUACAAGGGGAUCUGCUCGAAUUCAUUUCUCAUUGUCAAAAAAGUACAUUAGCUGUCUGUCUGUUCAUCAUCACCAUCAGCCUGGUUACGCCCACUGCAGGGCAAAGAGCUCUCUCCCAUACUUCUCUAACUACCCUGGUAAUGUACUAAUUGUGGCCAUGUUGUCCCUGCAAACUUCUUAAUCUCAUCCUCCCACCUUACUUUCUGCUACCCCCUGCUACGCUUCCCUUCCCUUGGAAUCCAUUCCGUAACCCUCAAUGACCAUCGGUUAUCUUCCCUCCGCAUUACAUGUCCUGCCCAUGCCAAUUUCUUUUUCUUGAUUUCAACUAAGAUGUCAUUAACUCGUGUUUGUUCCCUCACCCAAUCUGCUCUUUUCUUAUCCCUUAACAUUACACCCAUCAUUCUUCUUUCCAUAGCUCGUUGCGUCGUCCUCAAUUUAAGUAGAACCGUUUUGGUAAGCCUCCAGGUUUCUGCCCCGUACGUGAGUACUGGUAAGACACAGCUGUUGUACACUUUUCUCUUGAGGGAUAAUGGCAACCUGCUGUUCAUGAUCUGAGAAUUCCUGCCAAACGCACCCCAGCCCAUUCUUAUUCUUCUGAUUAUUUCAGUCUCAUGAUCCGGAUCCGCGGUCGCUACCUGCCCUAAGUAGAUGUAUUCCCUUACCAUUUCCAGUGCCUCGCCACCUAUCGUAAACUGCUGUUCUCUUCCGAGACUGUGAAACAUUACUUUAGUUUUCUGCAGAUUAAUUUUUGGAACCAUUCUUCUGCUUUGCCUCUCCAGGUCAAUGAGAAUGCAUUGGAUUUGGUCCCCUGUGUUACUAAGCAAGGCAAUAUCAUCAGCGAAUCACAAGUUACUAAGGUAUUCUCCAUUAACUCUUAUCCCCAAUUCUUCCCACUCCAGGUCUCUGAGUACCUCCUGUAAACACGCUGUGAAUAGCAUUGGAGAGAUCGUAUCUCCCUGCCUGACGCCUUUCUUUAUUAGGAUUCUGUUGCUUUCUUUAUGGAGGACUACGGUGGCUGUGGAGCCACUAUAGAUAUCUUUCAGUGUUUUUACUUACAGCUUGUCUAUACCCUGAUUCCGUAAUGCCUCCAUGGCUGCUAAGGUUUAGACUGAAUCAAACGCUUUCUCGUAAUCAAUAAAAGCUAUAUAUAAGGGUUGGUUAUAUUGCGCACAUUUCUCUUAUCACCUGAUUGAUAGUGUGAAUAUGGUCUAUUGUUGAGUAGCCUUUACGGAAUCCUGCCUGGUCCUUUGGUGGACAGAAGUCUCAGGUGUUCCUGAUACUAUUUGAGAUUACCUUAGUAAAUACUUCAUAGGCCACGGACAGUAAGCUGAUCAGUCUAUAAUUUUUCAAGUCUUUGGCAUCCCCUUUCUUAUCUGUUAGGAUUAUGUUAGCGUUCUUCCAAGAUUCCGGUAUGCUCGAAGUCAUGAGGCAUUGCGUAUUGCAUGAGGCAUUGCAUGAGGGUGGCCAGUUUUUCUAGAACAACCGGCCCACCAUCCUUCAACAAAUCUGCUGUUACCGGAUCCUCCCCAGCUGCCUUCCCCCUUUGCAUAGCUCUGUCUGUCUGUUGAGUGUGGUUAAUUUCUAGGGACUUUGGCCAUUUCUCAUGUGCUUUGUCUUCAACACAGUUGAUGUAUAUUAAUCCCUCAUUAAUGAAGCUUACUUGGUGGUCAUUGAUGUCCUUGUUCCCUGAGCUGUGUUAGAGCUGUGUUAAAAGACACCUACUGUUCUUUAUUUUUAUUGAACCUGUACAUUGUGUGUUUGUUGUCGACCUUGUCAUGCAAGUUAUCUUGUAUUGAGAACAGCCUAGCCAAAUCCUUUUUUUUUUUACAAACAAGCAUAUUUGUUUAUCUUGGUAGAGUACAAAAAUUGACAAGAACAAAGAACAUAAAAUCUAUCAGUGCCUUGUCCUUUACCUUUCUGCUAUUGCAUUCUACAAUGAAUGUCAUCCAUCUUGCCCAACUACUAAUGCUCAAGCGUUGUUCGCUCACAAUCAUGCUCAAGAGAACAACAUGUGUGGAUUGGUUAUGUGAUGUGCAAUGUAAGUAGUUCAGACUGCAGCCAAAAAUGUACCUUUAUCACAAUGAUGUGCCUUAAAAGCUUUGGUUUUGAUGUGUGUUUAUUUCUGGACAUAUUAUAGGUUCACUGUAUUGUCAUCUGUACCUGUUCAUGUGUUCUAUCUGUGCAUUACUGCAACUAAGACUGCCUUCUGCUGUGUGAUCGUGAAAGGGCCACUUCUCACCACUCAGCACUUUGUAGACAUCUGUAUUUGUUGGCUCUUGUGAGAAUGUGCAUGUGUAUGUCUCGACAUAUUUUUUUAUUGUUGUCUGGCCAUUGCAAGUGUUAAAUUGAUAGCCAAAGCGAGAGAUGAAAACAUUUGGUUUUAAUGUAGUAAAAAGGGGCAAGUUCUGUUGAAUUUUAGUGGGCUGCUUAAUCCAGUAAUCCUGUUGUUUUUCUCCUCAAUUUACAUUAUUAGCCAUGAGCGUUGCUUAUAAAAAUACAAUUGCAAGUGAGAUAGUUGUUCCAACUGUCCACUCACUUCCUGCAGGGUUUUUACACGCCCUUCCUUACCUUGUAUAUUUUCACCAGCAGAACAGCAUGUCACAGUUCUGUGAUGUCAGGCUUUUUCUGCAGGAGUGCCUGCAUCCCCGAAUGCACCCUUCUAUUUAACAAUUUUUCAUGGUGCAGAGCAAUCUAAUUCUGUUUUUAGUGAGUGUUAUAGUCAUUGAUGUUUUUUCUGUAGUGCAGUCAGCAGCCAGGCAGUUCAGUUCAAACAUAUUCCGCGUAAGCACCAUCGGAGUGAGAAGCAAGCAUUGCAACCAGCUAAAACAGAGUGGCAAACGUAAUGAUGAUAGCAUCAUGCAUAUCCCAGUUGCUUUUUACUGAGCUAGUUCAGACCUUAAUGCUGUAAGAAGCCACUGGGAAGUGUCCAUCCUCCUUUUGUAACUGGCACAGAUAUAUUUUAACAAUAGAUGCUGACUUACUAACUACUGUAAUGACAACUUUAUUCGCAAGAAGUAUAGUGGAAACAUGCUAUUGGGCACAUAUUUAACUAUCAAAUUCUGACCGUCCUUAACUGUAGUAAAACACCACAUUCCCUUAGAGCUUGGUACUGUUUUGCGGACAUGAAUUGGUCUAGUGCUGUGCAUGCAAGGCUCCUGCAAAGACCAAAGGCACAGGAAAUUACGUCUGUGCUUGUUCUACUGGUUUUUUAUGCACUGCUGCGGCGCUUGUCCUGGUCAUGGUGAACAACUGUGUGUGCAUUUGAUUUUAGGUACUUGAGGAUUUUAUGCUAAGUGUCAACAAAAAGGCUGGCUGCCUUGUUGAUACCCAACUUGUCUGCACCACUGAAGAUUGUGGCCUUUUAUUCACACAGAGCUCAAUUUUAUGUAAGUUAUCUUAUUUGGACUGAAUUUUAGUGGGGAUUUUGGUUCUAGUGAAUAUAGAAGAGUGUACUUGGCACUUUUCACUUUGCUCUGUGGAUGGAAUAACAGUGUAUAAGUGCAUAGACGUUUGCAAAGUGAGAAUUUAUUUCCAAGGUACAAGAUCUCAUAAACUGCUGUGCAGUGUUGUGUAUCAUGACUUUAAAAAAUACUUGUGCCUUAUUAGAAAUUCUACGUGCAUGUAAAUACAAAAAAAAUUAAAGUUUCCUUUUGAUUUGUUA